AUGACGCGAAACUGGAACAGAGUCCGGGCGAGGCUCACAGACCCGUUCGACCCUGACAACGAAGAGGUCGACCAACAAAUCCAGGCCAUGAUAGCCAAGCAGGAUGCCCAAGGUGCCGGAGAUGGCUCCCAUCUCGUCGAGCGACCCGUACCCACUCGUGGUAAACCCACGGCGACCACGUCCUCUACACGUAAAGUUGCCGACGCACUCGAGGUCUCGCCAUCCAAGCCGCGCAAACGGGCCAAAUUGCAGGACAAAUCAGACUCGCUAGCUUCCAGGCUGGAUAAUGCGCUGACAGCGUCGAAGCGGGCGGCCUUUGGCAGGAGAAAAGACGGGACUCGCCAGCGGGACACCCAAAAUCCGUACACUGAUACAAAUGUGUCGAAGUUGGACCAGCCUCUCCGCGGCUCCAAGAGGAAGGCGGACGGCGCUGACCAUGAAGAAGAGCGUGGUCGCGAGGCCAAGCGCCGGAUCGGUCCCGGCGGUCGACCGACGGCCCCGCCUUUCGAGGACUCCUGGGACUACUGA